AUGACCGAUACUUCAAGAAAUGGAUGGAAAGAAACCUCUUCGUCUGAUUUGAAGAACCCAAAUCUAGUGAAUGGUGACCUCAUUGCUGCUGUUCGCCAGAAGUACGAUGAGGAACGCAACAAACGUAUUCGAGAUGAUGGAAUGGCGCAAUUCGUUGACCUCUAUGAUCACGAAAAGUUCAGACAUUUCAAAGCAGAUCCAUGGGUAGAACUAGAGCCUCCUAGAGUCGGAGGUCCCAACCCACCACAAGAGGGCUCAAAUUGCGAUAUUUUGAUCGUUGGGACAGGAUAUGGAGGGCUUUUGUUUGCAGUCAGACUACUGGAAGCUGGAUUCAAGCUUGAGAAUAUUCGUCUAGUUGACUCUGCAGCAGGCUUUGGUGGUACUUGGUACUGGAAUCGCUACCCAGGCUUGAUGUGCGACGUUGAGAGUUAUAUUUACAUGCCUUUGCUCGAAGAAACGGGUUACAUACCAACUAUGAAAUAUACCUCCAGCCAGGAACUGAGAGAUCAUGCUGAAAGGAUCGCCAAAAAAUGGAACUUGGACAAAAUCACUUGGUUUAAGCAUCGGGUUCAGUCAAUCGAGUGGGAUGAUGCAACCAAUGAAUGGGUAACCAGCCUAGUUCCCCAGUUGCAACAUGGGAAUGAGGGCAAGGCGAUCAGCGUUCGGUCACGAUUUUCAAUUCUUGCCACCGGCUUUACUCUCAUCCCGCGUGUAGCUCAGAUCCCGGGAAUAGGCAAGUUCAAGGGUUCUUACUUUCACACUGCCCGUUGGGAUUACAACGUCACCGGAGGAACGCCCAAGAAUCCGGAAAUGGCCAAGCUCAAAGACAAGAGAGUUGGUAUCAUUGGAACGGGGGCUACCGCGAUUCAAGUAGUCCCUGCUCUCGCGGCUUGGGCCAAAGAGCUCUAUGUGUUCCAGAGAACUCCCUCGGCCGUCGAUCGGCGGGACAACCGACCGACCGACCCAGAUUGGGCCAAUGCAAUGAGAUCAACGCCUGGAUGGCAAACAGAACGCAUCGAGAACUUUCAAUCCUUUAUAAGCAAUGAUCCUACAAGACCCUCUACUGAUAUGGUAUCAGACGGGUGGACUAGAAUGGCGUCAUAUAGCGCCCUGGGCGGUAGCCCCGGACUCGUGUGUCAAACUUCAGAAGAGAUUCAAAAACAUGUUGAGGUCCUACAUGCGCUCGACUUUCCUCGACAAGAGUCAAUCCGGAAACGAGUAGAUGAACUUGUUUCAAAUUCAGACACAGCACAGAAGCUUAAGCCGUGGUAUCCAGGAUGGUGCAAGAGGCCUUGCUUCCAUGAUGAAUACUUGCAAUCCUUUAACCGACCAAACGUGAAACUCGUCGACACUGACGGUCGUGGCGUCGACAGGAUCACCGAGGACUCUCUCAUAGUUGGUAACCAGGAAUACAAGGUUGAUACACUGAUCCUAGGUACAGGCUACAGGAGUCCAGUGCUGUUCAGUCCUGCCGGUCGAGUGGGCCUUGAUGUUAAGGGGCGUAACGGCCGUUCCUUGGACAAGAAAUGGACCGAAGGCGUUACAACACUGCACGGUAUGAUGAGCCAUGAUUUCCCGAAUCUGUUCUGGCCAGGACUUAAUCAAAGUGGAGCUGGUCCCAACUUCACCUAUUGUAUCGACAUGGCCGCCAUCCACAUCUCCAAGGUCAUGGUUCAUGCAGCAGGAAUUCGAGCCGGUCAUCCUGGUGGUGCUUACCAUCUCAACUUCGUUAUCGAGCCGACUCCUGACGCGGAAGAGGAAUGGUCUCAGAGAGUCGCAUCGACCGCUGGAGUUUUCGCUGCGAGUGCCGGUUGCACCCCAAGUUACUUCAAUGCCGAGGGUGAGUUUAUCCGUGAGGUCCCUGAGGAGGUGCAGAAGAAGCGGGCCCGUUCGGCUAUUUGGAGUCAAGGCCCUGUACAUUUUCGAGGACUUUUGGAAGAUUGGAGAGAGAACAAGAAUUUUGAAGGGCUCAGCAUCGUUGCGUUGGAGUCAAAAGUGUGA